AGCGUUUGCGAUGACACGCGGAUGUCUAAAAGUAAGUUGCUUUACUCUCCUAAUGUCAUGAGGUUUACAAACAAUGUCAUCUUAGAAUUAUAGUUACGUAUGUUAGACUUUAUACAUACGCGAGUAUAUUUCUUAAACGUGCCUAGCGUCAAUUAAUGCGUGUUAAUGUAAAUGCGUAUAUAUUUUUAAGACACGAAAGAUUUUAGAAGCACCGCGCACAGCGGUUUGCGUCACGACGUAAAGAUUCGCGUUUCUUUGAAUCGGUUCAAAAGAGCCGAUUCGCGCAAAUGAGUCGCACUUCCCAUCGCUAAUAGGGGGGGGUUCUUGUUGUUUUUAAAACACACAAUUUGAGUUCACUUGAGAAAAUGCAGUACAAAAUAUGUUUUUAAAAGGAAAAACAAUGCUUCCGAUAUGCAUUUUAGACCUAAAAUGCGUAAAUAUGCGGCUUUUUCAAUACAUUAAAACAGGCCCGCUAAGCAGUCACCCUCCCCGUUUUGAAUAGACGAAGACAAAGGCUACCGGAAACCGGACUCCAUAGUUUUCGUCGAAUGGCUGAUUUGUAUUCACGCGAAAUCGUUUGUUUUCUCCGACCGGUUACGUUCAGUUUUUCAAAGUCUUUCCAGCGCGUUUUUUCAUGGAUCUACAUUUCUGCUUACUAAACAUGCGCCACGAUCUGGAAACAGUCGCUACGAAGACCUGGCGGUGCAAACGCAGCGACGCAAGCUGGUCACCCCGAGCGAGUGAAUCCCAGACCAAGUUUUAAAUGCAACAAAGCGCGUUGGCUUUUUUGUUUUCGCUGUCCGUUCACUUCCACUUCUCACGGCAUUUCUUUUUUUUUUUUUUUGUACAUGCGGUCCUCGCCGGCGGAAGACCAGCCCCGACUAGCAACUUUGCUAAGCUAACGAGCCGCUCUUAGAAAUGGAGAUCCACGUCUCGAGCCUCUUCCCCGAGAUCCUAGCGAUGAUCUUCAACUACCUGGACGUCAAAGGCAAAGGCAGAGUCGCGCAGGUGUGCACGGCGUGGAGAGACGCCUCGUAUCACAAGUCCGUGUGGAGGGGAGUGGAAGCCAAACUCCACCUGAGGAGAGCAAACCCGUCGCUGUUCCCCAGCCUCCAAACCAGAGGCAUCAAGACGGUCCAGAUCCUCAGCCUGAGGCGCAGCCUCAGCUACGUUAUCCAGGGCAUGCCCAACAUCGAGAGCCUUAACUUGAGCGGAUGCUACAACCUAACGGAUACCGGCCUGGGACACGCGUUCGUGCAGGACAUCCCGUCCCUGAGGAUACUCAACCUGAGCCUGUGUAAGCAGAUCACCGAUUCCAGUUUGGGCAGGAUCGCGCAGUACCUCAAGAACCUCGAACUGCUGGAUCUCGGCGGGUGCAGCAACAUCACCAGCACGGGCUUGCUGCUCAUCGCCUGGGGCCUCCGUAAUCUCAAAAGCCUGAAUUUGCGAAGCUGCAGGCACGUCUCGGACGUGGGCAUCGGGCACCUGGCCGGCAUGACGCGCAGCGCCGCGGAGGGCUGCUUGAGCCUGGAGCACCUCACUUUGCAGGACUGUCAGAAACUGACCGAUUUGUCGCUCAAGCACAUCUCCAAGGGCCUGAACAAGCUGAAAGUGCUAAACCUGAGCUUCUGCGGCGGCAUCUCCGACGCCGGCAUGAUUCACCUGUCGCACAUGACCCACCUGUGGACCCUGAACUUGCGCUCGUGCGACAACAUUAGCGACACGGGCAUCAUGCAUCUCUCCAUGGGCGCGCUGAGGCUGUACGGGCUGGACGUGUCGUUUUGCGACAAAGUGGGCGACCAGAGCCUGGCGUACAUCGCGCAGGGCCUGUACCAGCUCAAGUCCCUGUCGCUUUGCUCGUGCCACAUCAGCGACGACGGGAUCAACCGGAUGGUCCGGCAGAUGCACGAGCUCAAGACGCUGAACAUCGGCCAGUGCGUGCGCAUCACGGACAAGGGCCUCGAGCUCAUAGCGGACCACCUGACGCAGCUCACCGGGAUAGACCUGUACGGCUGCACCAAAAUCACCAAAAGGGGACUGGAGAGAAUCACGCAGCUGCCCUGCCUUAAGGUGUUGAACUUGGGACUUUGGCAAAUGACCGAGGACAAGGAUUUAGGAGACGCGUCUGAGGUCCUGCCCUGCUACACCUCGUAACUACCUCAGCGACGUCUCGGCUUUCUUUAGAGACGCGUAUCAUUCGACGAAGACGUCGCGUGCUUUGUUACUAAGCCUGUUAGGAAAAGAGGCUUGAUGUAGUUCAAAUUGAAUCAGCAAUAAAACACUGAACAGCCUUGCUAAUGCUAUAGUCUGACGGUUCCCUUGAAUGCCUUUGUGUUUUUCUGUACUUUGUUUUAGAGCUUCAUAUUGAGGUAAAAUGUCUUUUUAUUCUCAGUUCCACUGACAAAUGCUGUUUGUCACUGCCUUUAAGUAUUUAUCCUGAAAUACCAGCAUUAUACUGUAAAUUGAAGAGGAAAAAAAACUUUACCAUGUGAGUGGACGAGGAUGGAAAACUUGCUUUCGUUGGGUUUCUGUGAUUCCUCCUCGGUAAAAUGGAACAUAUGCAAUUUAAACUUUGUUUAGAAAAAAAAGGCCAGUUUGCUUGUUAAAGACCUACAAGAUGUCUGUUUAUUUUCCUAUGAUAAAUGAUUAAAGCUAAAAUUGUUUUUAA